AUGAGUUAAAGUAAAAAAUAAUCUCAAUUUGAAGAAUAAAUGCAAUCUUCUUAGGGAUUUAAAUAAGAUUACCAUAUGAAUGGAUAAAUUGAAGAAUUGAUGGAUCAAUUAGAUUAGGAACAUGAUAGUGAAGAUGAGGGUUUGGAGGAGUAUAGGAGAGAAGGAUAUCAUCCGGCUCAUAUUGGUGAAGUCUUACUAAAUAGAUAUGUUGUUAUAUAAAAGUUGGGAUGGGGACGCUUUUCUACUGUGUGGUUGGCUAAAGAUUUUAAAUAUGAUUCCUAUGUAGCAAUAAAAAUUUUAAAGAGUUCCCCUAAUCAAUAGGAAACUGCAUAUGAUGAAGUCGAAAUUCUAUAUAAAAUUGCUUAGAAUGUGUAGAAUCCAGUGUGGAUCUAAUCAUUGAAAGAAUAUUAUGCAGAUUAAGGAAGAACCUCAUUCAAUAGAGAUGAUACCCAUACUGUUUAAUUGUUGAAUUCUUUUUUGUACAAAGGACCUUAUGGUUAUCAUUUUUGCAUGGUAUUUGAGAUAUUGGGAGUCAAUCUAUUAGAGAUUAUUAAACAGUAUGAAUUUAGAGGAUGUCCCAUGAAUAUUGUUCGAAGAAUGGCUUAAUAGCUUUUGAUUGGGUUAGAUUAUUUACACAGAAUUUGUGGUGUCGUCCAUACAGACUUAAAACCUGAGAAUAUUCUAUUGUGUUUGUCUGAUGAGGAGAUUAAAUAUAUAGCAGAAAAUGGAUAAUUGACAUCGAACUAACUGUUUUCUGAUAGAAUAAAUAUUUAUAGAUAAAUUUUAGGAAUAGGGGAAGACAAAUCAGCUGUUGAAGAGGAAAAUACACUUUAGAAAUAAGAGGAAAAUGAUUUAGAUUCACAAUCUACAAAUUUAACAAAAACUCAAAAGAGAAAAUUAUUAAGAAAAAAAAAAUAAUAGCAAGAAUAAUAAAAUGAAUUGAAGAACCAAAAUCAUGAAAAACCUAAAUCAAUAAAAGAAUUAUUUUAACAAUAACAAUAAAUCUCAUGUAAAAAAAAAAGAAAAUUGCCAGACAACUUUCGUAUAAAAAUAGCGGAUCUUGGUAAUGCUUGUUGGGUGCAUCAUCAUUUCUCAGAAGUGAUUCAAACAAGACAGUAUAGAUCUCCUGAAGUUUUGUUAGGAAUUUCAUAUAAUUAAACUGCAGAUAUUUGGAGCUCAGCAUGCGUAAUAUUUGAAAUGUUAACUGGAGAAUGGCUUUUUGAACCAAGCCAAGGCCCAAACUUUUCAACAAAUGAAGAUCAUUUAGCCUAAAUUUAAGAGCUAUUAGGCAAGUUUUCAAUGGAUUAUAUUGCAAGGGGUUUAAAAGCAAAAAGAUACUUUACUAAUGAUGGAAAGAUGAAACGAAUUCCUUAAAUAAAUUAUUGGACUUUAUUAACUAAGUUAAUUGAGAAAUAUAAUUUCAAAUAAGAAGAAGCUUUGUAAUUUGCUUCAUUUAUAAUGCCUAUGUUAAAUGCAUUACCAGAAUAUAUAACAACUGCUUAAGAAGUUUUGUAGAGAGAAUUGUGUUCCAAGAAUGUGGAUGAUUAACAGAGAUUUACUGUUUUGAAGAAAUAUUUGGGUCAUAUAUUUUCAUUUUAGAAUUUCAGACAUAAUAUUCCAAAUUCUGGUUGGUUGAAAGCCAUAACUAAUUAUUAGAUUGGACAUUUUAUGAAUGAUGAAGAAUUCAGGAAAUAUCGUAAUCAAAAGAGAGAAGAUUAAGAAAAGGAAGAUGAUUUAAACAUUAUGGGUAUUCAAAACUCAUUAUUAUCAAAUAAUCAAAGAGCUUAAAAAAGGUCUUAUGAUGGGUCGAAUUCGUAAACUUCUUAACAGGAUUAAAAUAUUAAAUAAGAUGGAAAAUAUGUGGAUCAUAGAGUGAUUGAUAGGUCAUUUACAGAUUUAGGAUAUAUAGGAUAUGGAGACGGAAUUGAUUUAGAAUAAUUAGAUAGCACAGGGAAUUGGUAGUUUAAUUGA